CCAAAUAUGUAUUUAUAUUCACCGACCGACUAAAAAGUUGCACGCAGCAGACGUGACGAAUCUGCGAUCGGUAGGGAAAACAAUUUCUGAAGUCAAACCGUCAGCCUGUCAACUGGUGUAAACAUUAACCAUGUGGCUAUGUGCGAUAUAGCAACACUUGCAGUGUUUUAAAUAGUCGGUGACGUUUCUGCGUGCUUUGCUGACCAAAUGCUGGUCUGAUCUUCCAUUUUUUCCUCUUGUAAAUUAGAUGUGUCGCGCAGUUUAACCAGCAGAGUGCAGUGGAUACCAUUUAUGUGUCAUGCGCGCUCCUCUGCGGUGGGUGCUGUGGGAUGUAAAAGACACUCUGCUGAAGGUGCGUUCCUCCGUAGGAGAACAAUAUUGUGAUGAGGCUAAACGAAUGGGCCUCAGCCUCAACCCUGCGGAGGUCGCCGCUGCUUUCCGUCAGGCGUAUCGACAUCACUCCAGCACAUUCCCAAACUACGGCAUCACUCAGGGACUGGAUGGACAGUCUUGGUGGAAAGCAGUGGUGAAAGCCACCUUCUCCCUGUGCAAGGUGCGAGACCCGGCCAUACUGAAUACGAUGGCCCACAAUCUCUACCAGAACUUCAGCAAAGCAGAGAACUGGGAGGUAUUUUCAGACUCAAAGGCGGCUUUGGAGAACUGCUCCUCGCUGGGACUGCAGCUGGGAGUGGUUUCCAACUUUGACAACCGCCUUGAAGCCAUCCUACACAGCUGUGGGCUGCUGUCUCACUUCAGCUUCCUGGUGACGUCGGAAGGAGCAGGUGUAGAGAAGCCCGAGGCGGCCAUUUUUAACCAGGCCCUGCGGAAGUGCGGCGUGCCGGCUGCCAGCGUAGCGCACGUCGGGGACCACUACGUGAACGAUUACCUCACGUCACGCUCAGUCGGUAUCCAUGGCUUCCUUUUGGACCGAAAAAGCCCCUUUGAGCGACGUGAUGUCCCUAAAGAGCAUCGGCUGUCAUCACUGGAUGAGCUGCCUGUGCUACUUAAACAGCACAUGGACACUAGCAACAUUUCGUAGGAGAACAACCUAUUGGCAUGCAGGACGGUCUCCCACACGAAGCUGUAUCAACAACAACAACCCCACUGUGAUCACCCCCACCUGAGACAUCAAUGAGGAGGCGCCACACCUCAAGUUUGGAACUGCAGAAGCCUUUUUGCACUUAGAGGUAAAACCUUGUCAACAAACAAGGAGAACCCGGUUGCCUCGACUUCACCCUUUGCAGAUUACCAUAACCUGGAUGUACACAGUCGAAUAUGUGUCUUUUUGCUUUUUCUAUGGCUUGCUGUGUUGUAUGCCAGUGAAGAUAACCAUAGAACAUUUCCGUCUGCUCAGCGCAGUGCAGUUACAACAAGACAACUUCAAUAAUAAAAAAACGAAAUGUACACCGCAAAUUGAAAUGCCUCUUCGUCUUCUCAUAGUGAGUACAAACUUUUUUAUAAGUUUUACUACACACUUUUUACACUUGGAAGACAGUAGAGAAUGUUUCACUCGCCCUGGGCACUUCUAAGUGUCUGUCACAUGUCAACAAAAGUAAGGGCAAAUAGAGGUCACCUUUCUUUACACAUGUAUGAAAAGGUUUUAUGGUGAUGACCGUUUGACACUGGGUCAGAUUUUUAUUUUCGUCAAUGGUGGAAAUAAAUGUUAAAUUAAAA